GGGGCCAGUCUACCCUGGCCAGGCUAGAGGUCUAGCUUUCCAGUCAACAUGAAGGCUCUCCUUAUUCUGGGGCUUGUCCUCCUUUCUGUCACCGUCCAGGGCAAGGUCUUUGAAAGGUGUGAGCUGGCCAGAACUCUAAAACGACUUGGAAUGGAUGGCUACCGGGGAAUCAGCCUGGCCAACUGGAUGUGUUUGUCCAGAUGGGAAAGUAGCUACAACACUCAAGCUAAAAACUAUAAUCCUGGAAGCAAAAGCACUGACUAUGGAAUAUUUCAGAUCAAUAGCCGCUACUGGUGUAAUGAUGGCAAAACCCCAGGAGCAGUUAACGGCUGUGGUAUAUCCUGCAGUGCUUUGCUGCAAGAUGACAUCACUCAAGCUGUCCAAUGUGCAAAGAGGGUUGUCAGAGACCCACAAGGCAUCAGAGCAUGGGUGGCAUGGAGGAACCGUUGUCAGAACCGAGAUCUCACCCAGUACAUUCAGGGUUGUGGAGUGUAACUGGAAUUGUCCUUCUCCGGCUCAUUUUGCCUCUUUUUCAUGUAAAGGGAGAGUAUACUGUUGAGCAAAAGUUCACAUUGCUGUUCUUUCAAAACAGUCACGUUUUCACAGAAGCAGGAGCAAAAUCCUUCUUUCUUCUAAGAAGCUAACUUUUUAAAAUUGUUUAUUAUUGGGUAAUAAGCCUACAACAUUUUUCAGUUUGCUAAUAGAACUAAUGCUGGUGAAAAUUUAUCUAAAGUUUUAAUUAUCAAAUACCUCUCCAGUAUAUUCAGUUCUUAAAGAAAUGACCCAGACUUCAUUUUGAAUGGUACAAGUGUGCCUCAAUAUUUGAUAAAUAUGUAGCAAAUGACUGUCUUAAAACACGCUGAUCUUAGGCAAAAUCUUGGUUGUAUACGCAUGUGCUGUCUUCAUCUGUUCAGUCACCUCCCAAAACAGCAAAAGAUAAAUAACCAUUCUUUGUUGGGCGAUGUACAAGUUACAAAGGAGCAGAGUGCCGAAUGGUUGAAUAUGGUGACAGCCUGAAUCAAGAAUUUUGUUUUCAUAAAGUGUGACCGUUGGUUUAAAUGUUUUCUUAGAAAUGUUGCGUUUAUACCACUUUAAAAAUGAACUCACGAUUUAAAUAUCAAUCUAUUUUAGCCCUUUAAAGUACUCUUUUAUGCAUCUUGCUGAACGUGAAGAAAUAUGAAGAAGGAUUAAAUACGCUGUUACUGUUUCUUAAUUUUAUUAGCUUAGAUUCAAGCAUUAUGACUAAAACUGGAGGCAGAUGAGUUUGCAAGCAUUAAAAUAAUUGCUAAUUAACCACCAGUGGGAAAUUAUGUUAUAAAAAAAGUAUCAAUAAAGUCUUUGCAACUCA